CGUUGAAAUUGAAAUUGAAAUUGGGGUGGGCAGGGACCUUGCCUGGCAGGAACUCAGCCCCUGCCCUGUUCAGGGGUUGGUGCAUCCUGCGAAGCAGUCAGACUAGUCUUCCCUCCAAUCCUGCCCCGGCUUGGUGACUGUUUUGGGGCACAGGGCUGUGUCCCAGGAAGGACUAACCCUUUUGGAAAGGAGUACUGUACUUCCAACCCUGAGGAAAUGAGUGCUCAAAUGUGGUAGGGCUGGACGUGAGGGACCUGAGGGCACAGAUCUUAGUUCCAGAGGAGGAAGGAAGAGCCUCUCCCCUUCAGGGUCAUCAGGACAGCCAUGACCGGCAGGGCCAGGAGUCGAGCCCGAGGCAGAGCACGCAGUCGAUCAGCUCCCGAACCUGCAGAGCCCCAGCCAUCUGAAGUAGCCAGAGCAUCUGAAGUAACCCAAGCACCUACUGGGCUCCAAGCGCCUGAAGUACCAGGACCCGCCCCACCACCGAACUUCGCUGAUAUAGUGAGACGCAGCGCAGCAGCUCGAAAACCUGGUCAAAUCCAGCCUAGACUCCAGUUGCUGUCAAGGGUUAGCCAAGUGGCUGGAGCUGGCCCACGCCAAGUGGUUGAGGCUGGCCCACCAAUAGGAGCAGAAGGAAUGUCUCAGCCUUCAGAGGAACUUCAGCUGGCAUCUAGAUUGCAGGAAUCCAGAUUGCAGGAAUCCUGGCUGAGAGAGAGGACAGAUGUUGGUAGAAAUUUUCGAGACUUUGUGGUGAAUACUCGGCAGAAAUUGGGCCAUGUUAGAGAGUCAACGAAAGGCAUACAAGGUAGGCCAGUAGAGCUGUUUUCGAACCAUGUCCAGCUGAGGUCUUGUUCCCAGAGGAAUUUAUACAAGUACAACGUCAUCUAUACACCAGGCAUAGAAGAUGGAAGAAAACGUGAAGCUUUACUCUCUGAACUUGAAAAGUUGUUGGGAAAGUGUCACAUAUAUGAUGGAAAUUAUUUAUUAUUACCUCACCCGCUGGGGGAAAUGAAAAAGGAGGCGGUCAGCAAGGUGAAUGACAAGCCUGUGAAGAUAACUUUUGAGCUCUCCAGGGAACUCCAGACCACUUCCCCAGAUUGCCUACGCUAUUACAACAUUCUCUUUAGAAAAAUAUUGGAGAAGAUUGGUUUGAAUCAAGUUGGUCGCAACUAUUACAAUAAAUAUAUGAAGACUGUGUUCAACCAGCAUAGGUUGGAAAUCUGGUGUGGCUAUGUUACUUCUGUUCUUCCAUAUGAAACUGGUCUUACCCUCUGCGCUGAUGUGAUCCACAAAGUGCUCCGAAUGGAAACUGCUUAUGAUUUAAUAUCACGCAUUCAUGAAAAAGCUGAGGGAAAAGAUGUUAAAGAGAAAAUUUUUAAAAAAUUAGUUGGGUCAUCUGUUCUUACAAAGUAUAACAACAAGACCUACAGGGUAGAUGAUAUCGCUUGGAAGAUGUCUCCCAGGUCUAAAUUUAUAAAAUCAGAUGGCAGUGAAAUCUCCUUUGUAGACUACUACAGGGAGCGGUAUGGUACGGUGGUCACUACCUUCAAUCAGCCACUUUUGAUCACCAAGGGCAAAUGGAAGAAGAGCCUACAGGACACACUCCAUCAACCUAUAAUGCUGGUUCCUGAGCUAUGCCACCUCACAGGCUUAACGGAUGAUAUGCGUAAAGACUAUGGAAUGAUGAGAGACUUGUCCAACCACAUGAGGAUGAAUCCAAAAGAAAGGCAGUAUAAGUUGCUACAACUCAUAGAUGAUUUAAGAAGAAAUAAGACUGUGCAAAAAGAGCUUCAAGACUGGAAUUUGGAACUUAAGACCAAGUUCUUGGCCCUCUCUGGAAGAACUUUGAGAGAAGUGAGAAUUCACCAAGGAAGACGAAUGUUUGACAACCAUAACGCAGAUUGGUCAAAAAUUACAAGGGAUGUACCCUUACUUAGAGCGAUUUCACUGGAUCAUUGGCUAAUAAUCUAUACUAAGGGAGAUUAUGGAUCAGCCCUUACCUUACACCAGAAUCUACAGCAAGUCACACCGAAAAUGGGCAUAACUCUCAGAAAUGCAAAAUUGCUUGAAGCAGAUAAUACAGUUGAAUCUUUUAUAAGCACCUUAGAAAAACAUGCUUCACCAAAACCACAGAUGGUCCUUUUCCUGCUGCCCACUGACAAUAAAGAAAUUUAUGAUGGCAUAAAAAGACACCUCUGUAUCUACUGCCCAAUUCCAAGCCAGUGCGUGUUGAGAAGGACCUUAGGGAAACCCAGGACGCUGUUGACCAUUGCUACAAAGAUUGCCCAGCAGAUGAACUGCAAGCUGGGAGGUGCCCUCUGGACAGUGGAUAUAGGAUUGCAGAAUGCAAUGUUCGUUGGUAUCGAUUGUUUCCACGAUAUUGUACAUCAACAGAAGUCAGUUGCAGGAUUUGUGGCAAGCAUUGAUUCAGACUUGACGCAGUGGUUCUCUCAGUGUAUUGUCCAGCAGUCAGGGCAGGAGCUUGUGAAGGGGCUGACGACCUGCUUGCACAAUGCCCUGAAAUUCUGGUAUGAACAACAUUCAUCUCUGCCAUAUUCUAUUAUUGUGUAUCGAGACGGAGUGGGAGAUGGACAGCUUCAAGCAUUGAUUGACCAAGAACUAAAACAGAUGGAGUCCUACUUAGAAGAUGUUUGCAGAGGACAAAAUGUCAGACUAACUUUCAUCGUGGUGAAGAAACGAAUAAACACCAGAUUUUUUCUUAAAAAACCUGAAAAUGGAACACUUAAUCCACCUCCAGGAACAGUUAUUGAUUUAGAGGUGACCAGGACAGAGUGGUAUGAUUUUUUUAUUGUAAGCCAGUUUGUGAAAGAAGGUACUGUCUCUCCCACUCAUUAUAAUGUCAUCCAUGACACGCUUUACUUGAGCCCAGAUGCAGUACAGAGUCUAACUUACAAACUAUGCCACAUGUAUUACAAUUUUUCGGGUGUCAUCAGAGUUCCUGCUCCUUGUCAUUAUGCCCAUAAGCUGGCUUACCUGGUGGGCCAGAGUCUUCACCAAGAACCACAUGAAUCCCUGUCAAAACAUCUCUUUUACCUUUAACCUAGAGAAGAAAGCAUAAUGGGAUGUUGAAUACCAAAAUUUGUAAAAUUCUCAUCUUGAAGCUGUAUAUCUGAAAUAUUAGAUGCACAGUUUUAAAUUCUAAUCACUCUUGAUUGGACCAUGGACAAGAUUCAGAGUGAUGUUAAGCUGUCUAUCAUUAAUUUAACAGAGGUCUUCCCUUUUCCAGGCAAGAGAAAUGAGAAUAAGGAUUUUGACAAUUUACCUUUCAAAUGUGUUGCAAGGAAUUUAUCAUGAAAUGUGCCUGAAUAAUCUAUGCUCCAAACAAUGCUUCUAUCUAUACCAAUUGUAAAAGUUGGCCAUUAGUCACUUGGAGAAUAUACCUAUGAACAAGAAAAUUCUAUUUAGAAAGCCAUACCUACUUUAUUUUGAAACACCUUUUUUCUUAAGGAGAGAAAAGAAAUAAAAGUGGCAAAAUUAAAAGGGAAUUUAUGUUUAAUAUUUCAUAUAAAAGAAAUAACCUAUAUGUGAAAUCGUUUGUACCAAUGUGGGAAUCUGAACGUGUUUUUAAAGCUGUAUUAAGGAGAACCUUGUGAUUUGAAACUCAGAAUCUUAGGAACAUUUGUCUCUUUUCCCAUAAAGAAGGGAAAUCAAGGGCUUUAUUAUCAUUUCUGUUUAAUUCAGUAUCUUGUAUAUGUUCUCUGACAUUGUGUUAGCUAUACCAUAAUCAGAAGAGUCUUGAAUGAGUUGUUUAAAUGAAGCUAUCAUAUUUUUCUUGAAAGCAGACACAUUUUUUCCUCUCUGCUUAAAAUUGUCUUUAAAUAGACUUUAAGAAACAGUAUGUGAACUUUGUUUUCUUAUACUCCUAAAUACAGUGGUUGGUUGGUUGGUUGGUUGUGACCUGAAGCAGUUAGGGGGAAUAGACUGGCUUCAAAUAUAUCAGAAAGGAUAUAUUUAAAACAAUAUAACUGCUUUGAUUAUAGGUUAAUCAAUUUAGGUUUGCAAUUUGAACCCAACUCAUAAGACAUAAAAUUAAAACAAGUCACUAAAAUAUAUUGUAAUCCAGAUGAUGUCUAUUUAUUGGAAAUAAAUGAUAAAUAUAACAUUGGAGAUGGUCUCCAUAAUUAACAAUAACACAUUCUCUAAGGCUAGACUUUGAUUUAUGAUAAUUUAUGAUUGUACAUUUCUAGAGAUCUACAGAAAUCAUUUGGAAGGAACAAAUUCAAAGUAAUGAGAACUUUCUGAAUGUUUCCUAUAUAAAUGCAGUACAAAUAUCAUUUCUUCAUAACACUGUUCUUUCCAGACUUAUUAACUUAAAAUAUGUUUGUCAAAAUCAUUGUCUCGUUACUUAAAAUAUAUGCUGGUCUUAGGCUUCUUAAUCUAAUGAUUAGAAAAAACUUGCUUUCCUAAGCUAAGUAGGUAUAUUGUGAGCAGGACACUAUCUGAUGUUAUUAGCCUACUAGUCCUUUCAUAAGUUAGAUGAAGGAAACUGGGUAUCACAAUAUCUCUAGGGGAAAACUUUAUUGUUCCAAAGGCUUAUAGGUAAAAUUUCUCCAGUGUUAUCAUAGUACCCAAGUGUCAUGUUACUGAGUAGGUUGUAUGUGUGUGUCAGGGGGCGGGGGGAGUACUAAUUAAAAGUCUUUUCAGAAUGAAUUUGGCCUAAGUAACAAUACAAUGUAUAAUCUAAGAAGAACAGGAGCACCCUCUGUGGCACAACAAGAGCGGUGGUGUCUCGGGAGCAGUGGGACACAGGGUUUGAUCCUCGGCCUGGCACAGUGGGGAUCUGGCAUUGCUGCAGCUGUGGCUUAAGCCCAGGAACUCCAUAUACUGCAGGGUGGCCAAAAAAGAAUGAAAUUCCUGACUCUGUGAAUUAAGAGGUCUGACAUGGGCCUCACUGGGCUACAAUAAAUGUGUCAGCAGGGCUGCAUUACCUUCUGGAAGCUCUAGGAGUCUGUUUUCUUGCUUUGUUCCAGUUUCUAGAGGCUAUUUGCACUCCUUGCUUCCUGGCCCCUUGCAUCCUCAAAGCCAGCAAUGGCCAGUGGAGGCAUUCUCAUAACCCACUGACAGGACUCUUCUGCUUCCCACUUCUACUUUUAAUGACGCUUGUGAAGACACUGGGACCACCUGG